UUCCACUUUAUUAUCUCUUCGCGCGUCUUUUGUUUCAAAUGAAAUAGUUCAUUCUUUUUCUUGUAAAUAAUUAAGUUAGUUAAAUUAUUAACAAAAUAAUAUUAUGGAUGAAGAAUUCCUCCACUACCUGACACAAGGCAACACGGCAACGAACAUAGGACCUACUGCUAAAGAGGCCCUGUUGCAACAUGCUGAGGAUGAAUAUCUCAAUGGCAAUAUGACCCGUUCCAUAUUCUAUCAAAUCGUGGCCCUGUAUCAAACAUCGCAGGAACAUUAUUACAAGUCAACAACCAAACGUAGAUCAGCGGAUGUUGAAGAUCUUUUGGCAGAGAUGACUGUGGAGGAAGCGGAAGAUUUUAAAGAUAAUUGUCUUAUGCAAUACGUCUGCAAAUCCCUAAAAACAAUGGCCAAAACUAAAAAGAAAUCGUAUGACAAAUACGAAGAGAUAGAAAUGGAAACAGAAAGUAACUUUCUAAAGGGCAUAACUGAUCCCAUGGAAGGAAUACACAAAUUAGAAGAUAUCUGCAAACAAAUGCCUAAAGAGUGGACAAUAUUGCAAUUGUGCAAGGGACCUCGCACAGAAAACACUUUUUCAAUAUAUCCGAAAAUCCAUGAAUAUGAUGCUGCAAUAUAUUUAACAAUUUUAAAACAUGCCCGCAGUGAUAAAUAUCGUACCCCGAUUUGUUUACGUUUCUCCAGCAAUGACCAAAAAGAGUUGUUUGCUAAUUUUGCCAGUAUUGUUAAUCGUUUUAAACAUUGCAUUAAAGUUGAUCCCAAGGAUUGGAAUACCAUUGAGGCAAGGAAACUGUAUUGGAAUAUGCUUGCGGAAUUGAAUACGUUUAUUGGGAAAAUCCUUGCCGAUCUCAAGAAUUUAUUUUUUCCCUGGAGAUUUCUAUUUUCUGGCACUUCAAAUUUAUCGUCAUGUCGAAAAGUUUUCAAACGACGUUGGGAGAAAAUUGAUGAAUUUUGUGACACCUGUAAUUGGGAUGAGCAGUCACGGAUAUUACUUUCCUUGGCCGCAUCUAAUAUUAGGGAUAUAUCUGAAUUGGAAAUCGAUGCAAUAUGUAUGGUGCUCACGGAAAAUUUGCAACAACGGGAACAAGCCAUAGAUAUAUUAAAUGAAAUGCAACAGCAAGCACAGGAUGAUUGCUGUAACGAAUGUAAGGCCAAUCGUUAUCCCUGCAUUCUGGUGGUAGAUGAGCGCUUAGAUCAUUUCUUCUGGGAAGAACUAAAUGUCUAUCAAGAAUUUACCCGCAUUAAUUCCAUACAAUGCCUCUGGAGGCUCUAUAAGUACUACAAAAAAGACAUUAAAAAUGGUUAUUUGAAUGUAAAUAUAACCACUGGCGGCUGUGUUAUAAAUCCCGAUCAAAAUUUAAAUAAAAUGGAAUUGCGUAUGCGUAGCUUUUUCGAAUAUUGGCUGCCACAUUGGACAAUGAUGGUUGGCCAGCGACCAAGUCAAGAGGAGCUAUUCAAUAACUUUUUCAAACAAAAUUGCUACGUUUAUGCUGGUCAUGGUUCCGGUCUACAGUAUAUAAGUGGACGUAAUAUUGCCAAAUUUCAGAUGCACUGUGUGGUUUUCCUAUUUGGCUGUGACUCGUCGCGUCUCCAUUCGAAUGGCCUGUAUAGUGAAUUGUUGGGACCGCAUUUGUACUAUCAUGCAGCCAUGUGUCCUGCGUUAGUUGGCACUCUAAUGCCUUGCCUUGAUUCGAUUAUGGAUAAGGUGGCCACGGAAAUACUUAGUCGUUGGAUAGCGCCCAAAUCGCCAAAUGUUUUGCCAUGGAAUGAAAUUGAAGUGAAUGCCUGGGUAAAGGAGGGCAUCAUUAGAUCCAAAAAUGGGGGACAUGUUGAGGCAGCAGCAGCAGCACUAUCUCCCGUUGUCGCCACCACCAGCAGCAGCAGCAGCUGCAGCAGAGGUCCAGCCACAAUAGCCACUACACCCGAUUAUCAUUUGGGCAGUUUGUGUGGCAUUUUGGCCCGUGUACAUCAACGCAUCAGCGAACCCAAACUCUACAAUACCGUGCCAUAUGUAUGUCGUGGCCUGCCCGUCUGGAAUUGUCAUGUACAACCCACAAUGCCUAUACUGUGAUUAGUAUAUAAGUCUUUUGUUGUUAUGCAUGUGUAUAAGUUGUAGCAUAUGUAUAUAUAAGUUGGAAGUUAAAACAAAUAUCCUGUGAACCCGGGCAGAGAUAAGACUUGUGCUAAUGCAAAUAGCGAUGAUGACGAUGAUGAAAAACUUCAAACGCACUACGCAAAUAUUUAAGAUUACUUUUUCCUCGCAAUCUGCUUCGCUGUCAAUGUACAUCAUCCGGGCCUGGAUGGCUCACUUUUUUAAGUAUUAAAAUCUGUUUAUGAAUUCCAAAUUAAGUCUUAAGUUUUUCCACCAUUGCGAA